GACGCCGAGAACAAACAUCAUCGCAUCAUAUCGCGUUUGAACCAGUCAUCAUCGGCCGCACGAUUUUUAUUCCCCUCGCAAUAAAUGGCAUUCACUUGAGCGCAGUUGUCUGGGAUAGGGCGCGCAUCUACAGCAGAGACUCAACAGUGACUCCAAUAGAGAGAGACCAUCUUGUGGUUAAGAGGGCUGGAUGCUCUUCCCAUCACUAUACGAUAUCGCGGCAUCUGAUUAUCAACGGAUUCUGCAGAGCCCAAUACGCGGGGAGAAAGCGACUGCGACAUCAUGAAAGAUUAGCGGCUCAUAAGCGACAACAGCUAGAAGAUAUGCAUGGCGGCCAUGAGGCUCGUGAUAAUCUCAAUAGAGAAAUCAACCCGAUUGCUUGUUGGUUAAGCAAAGAGGCGUGGCUAUUCGCAUACCUUUUGCACAGAGGAAGCCUCCUAGUCGCAAGCGAUCGAAGCCAUUCCUCCAUCUCACAAGCAGUCAUGGCCGGAGAGAAGAGAAAGGCUAUCCCUACCGAGACUCGCAAUGCGUUAAGCCAACAGCAGUUUUCAAAAUUUAUCAAGCAUCGACGUUAACAGCAAGAGUACAGCUGCACACUUGAGGCUGCGGACCUUGGAUUAAACAACCCCCACAGAAUAGCCUCCCUUGAGAUGAUCUGUUCGACAUC